AUGCGUAAAGAAUCAUGGAGAACAAUUCUGACUCUGGCUUAUCAGAGUCUUGGUGUUGUCUAUGGGGAUUUGAGCACUUCACCUUUGUACGUGUACAAGAGCACAUUUGCUGAAGAUAUUGAACACUCAGAAACCAAUGAAGAGAUUUUUGGCGUCUUGUCCUUCGUAUUCUGGACCCUCACCCUGGUUCCACUUCUCAAGUAUGUGUUUAUUGUGCUCAAAGCUGAUGAUAAUGGCGAAGGAGGGACAUUUGCUUUGUACUCGUUGCUGUGUCGUCACGCCAGAGUGAGUUCGUUGCCCAAUUGCCAAUUGGCUGAUGAGGAGCUCUCUGAUUACAAGAAGGAAAACACUGGCUCGUCACUACAAUCAAGUUUCGGGACGAGGUUGAAGUCCGCUUUGGAGAGGCAUAGGGUGUUGCAGAGAUUUUUGCUUGUUCUGGCCUUGAUUGGCACUUGCAUGGUGAUUGGUGAUGGUGUCCUCACACCAUCUAUUUCUGUAUUUUCUGCGGUUUCAGGGCUGGAGUUUUCUGUGUCCGAAAAGCAUCACAAAUAUGUAGAAGUUCCAAUUGCAUGUAUCAUUCUGAUAGGCCUGUUUGCACUUCAACAUUAUGGAACUCAUAGGGUUGGGUUCUUGUUUGCUCCUAUAGUUCUAACAUGGCUUCUGUGCAUUAGUGCAAUUGGUCUUUAUAAUAUACUUCACUUCAAUCCGAGUGUGUACAAAGCACUUUCUCCACACUAUAUGUACAAAUUUUUAAAGAAAACUCAGAAGGGAGGCUGGAUGUCUCUGGGUGGAAUCUUGUUGUGUAUAACAGGUUCAGAAGCCAUGUUUGCUGAUCUUGGACACUUUUCACAAUUGUCAAUCAAGAUUGCUUUCACCUCUUUGGUUUAUCCAGCUUUGAUUUUAGCAUACAUGGGACAAGCUGCCUAUAUAUCUUCACAUCACACUAUUGGAAGUAAUCCUAAGAUUGGAUUUUACGUAUCUGUACCAGAGAAAUUGAGAUGGCCUGUUCUGGUAAUAGCUGUACUUGCUGCCGUAGUAGGAAGCCAGGCUAUCAUCACUGGAACAUUCUCAAUCAUCAAGCAAUGUUCUUCUCUGGAUUGCUUCCCAAAAGUCAAAAUAGUCCAUACAUCAUCCAAAAUCCAUGGUCAAAUUUAUAUCCCCGAAAUCAAUUGGAUCUUGAUGGUGUUAUGUUUGGCUGUUACUAUUGGUUUCAGAGACAUAACGCGUAUGGGUAAUGCUUCAGGUUUUGCAGUUAUCUCUGUGAUGCUGGUCACCACCUGCUUAAUGUCCCUAGUUAUUGUCCUAUGCUGGCAGCAGAGUGUCUUUGUUGCAAUUUGCUUUGUGAUCUUUUUUGGCACAAUCGAAGCUCUUUACUUCUCGGCUUCUCUUGUCAAGUUCACUGAAGGAGCCUGGGUUCCUGUUGCUCUUGCUCUCUGUUUCUUUAUUGUUAUGUAUGUUUGGCACUAUGGCUCAAUCAAAAGGUAUGAGUUUGAAUUACAAAACAAGGUCUCCAUUAACUGGUUGCUCAGCCUUGGUCCCAGCCUUGGAAUUGUACGAGUUCGUGGGAUUGGCCUCAUACACACUGACCUUGUAUCUGGAAUUCCUGCAAUCUUCUCCCACUUUGUGACCAACCUUCCAGCCUUUCACCAGGUCCUAGUUUUCCUCUGCAUCAAAUCUGUCCCAGUUCCCCAUGUUAGACCUGAGGAACGGUUUCUAGUGGGCCAAAUUGGCCCUAAAGAGUACCGACUCUAUAGGUGCAUUGUGAGAUAUGGAUAUCGUGAUGUUCACAAAGAUGAUGUGGAAUUUGAGAAUGAUCUCAUGUGUAGUAUAGCAGAGUUCAUACGCUCAGGAAGCCCUGAGUCCAAUGUUACAAGUGAAGAUUUGGGGAAGGAAGACGAUAAAAUGACAGUUGUUGGGACACGUUCUACUCAUGCAGAUGGGAUUCAGAUGAGUGAGCAUAGCACUGAAAUGAACGAAUCAGUGCAAAGAGAAAUAAGGUCACCACCCCCGACCCAACGAAGGAAGAAGGUAAGAUUCAUCGUUCCAGAGAGUCCGAAGAUCAACACGGGUACAAGGGAGGAAUUGCAGGAGCUAAUGGAAGCUAGGGAAGCCGGCAUUGCAUACAUACUUGGGAACACAUACAUGAAUGCGAAGAAAGGAUCUAGUUGGAUGAGGAGGUUUGCAAUCGACUACGGAUAUGAAUUCUUGAGGAGGAAUAGCAGGACAUCCAGCUAUGCACUGAGCGUACCACAUGCAUCUACUCUGGAGGUGGGCAUGAUCUACCAUAUUUGA